CGGAAGUAGGUACGUGGCCGCUUCAGCUGACAGUCUACAUGAUGGCGACAGAGGUUCAGAGCGGCGACCUCGACAGUGCUACUUCCAGCCGGCUCGAAGUUUCCAUCGAUGGCCUCACCCUCAGUCCCGACCCGGAGGGCGAGCAGAUCCAGGUCGAGGAGCCGGACCCCAGACCCGCGGAACCCGAGACCGACACGCCGGGUGCCGCGGGUGGCGAAGAUGGAGAGACAGCCAAAUCUGCCAUAGAGAGGAAAUGGGGCUUUCCUUUGCUGGAGCUGUACGGAAUGAGCCUUAAAUUCUUCAAAGAUAAAGAUGGAAAAGCCUUCCACCCAACAUACGAGGAGAAGCUGCGGCUGGUCGCUCUGCACAAACAGGUGUUACUGGGCCCUUAUAAUCCUGAUGCUUCACCGGAGGUUGGCUUCUUUGAUGUCCUGGGCAACGACCGCAGGAAAGAGUGGGCCUCCCUGGGUAACAUGGAGAAGGAGGAGGCGAUGGUGGAGUUUGUCAAACUGCUGAACAAGUGCUGUAACCUCUUUGCUCCCUACGUCACCUCACACAAGAUCGAAAGGGAGGAGCAGGAGAGGAAAAGGAAAGAAGAAGAGGAGCGUCAGCGGCUGGAGGAGGAGGAGAGGGAGCGACAAAGGCAGGAGGAGGAGAGACGGAGGCUCGAGGAGGAGGAACGGCUGAGGAGAGAGGAGGAGGAAAGGAGACAGGCAGAAGAGGAGAGGCUACGGAUUGAGCAGCAGAAACAACAGAUAAUGGCAGCGUUGAAUGCGCAGACGGCAGUGCAGUUCCAACAGUACGCUGCUCAGCAAUACCCCAACAGCCCCGAGCAACAACUGGGCCUCAUCCGUCAGCUUCAGGAGCAGCACUACCAGCAGUACAUGCAGCAGCUCUACCAGGUCCAGCUGGCCCAGCAACAGGCGGCCUUACAGAAGCAGCAAAUGCAGGCUGAUUCCAUGGUGCAGGGCACCCUCGAAUCGAGCGGCUUCAACAGUGGUGAACCCAUCCCUGCCUCAGCAGCGGGACCGUUGUGCGCAGCUUCACCACCUGCUGGCGAGGAAACCCCAACAGUCAAUGGAGGCCAGUCGGACUCGUACUCCGAGAGCAUGGACCGGGAGCCGGAGCCUGAGCCGGCGGAGGAGGUCUCAGAGAACGGGCCUUUAUUAGCAGACUCCCCACCAGUCAUAGCCGCUCCCUCCAUGUGGACACGACCGCAGAUCAAGGACUUCAAGGAGAAAAUCCGGCAGGACGCAGACAGCGUGAUCACAGUGGGGCGUGGCGAGGUGGUGACAGUGCGUGUGCCCACCCACGAGGAAGGCUCUUACCUGUUCUGGGAGUUUGCCACGGACUAUUACGACAUCGGCUUCGGGGUCUUCUUCGAGUGGACGGACGCCGCCUCCGCCUCGGUCAGCGUGCACGUGUCAGAGUCCAGCGACGAGGACGAGGAUGAAGAAGGUGAUCCUCCCACUGAGGAGGAGAAGGCGAAGAAGGAGGCGGGGAAGCCCCAGGUGGAUGAGAUUGUGCCGGUGUACCGGCGGGACUGUCAUGAGGAGGUGUACGCUGGCAGCCACCAGUACCCUGGCCGCGGAGUCUACCUGCUCAAGUUUGACAACUCCUAUUCACUCUGGCGCUCCAAGAGUGUUUACUACAGAGUCUACUACACCAGAUAAGCCUGAAUACAGACACAGGGGAGCCAAGGAGUGUGUUUGUUCAUAUAUGUAUGUGUGUGUUUGUGUGUGUGUGUGUGUGUAGGAGGAGAUUUGUGCGAUGGCAGCCUGUAUGUGUGUGUGUGAGGAAGAGAAAGUGAUGCCAGAUCUAUUCUGGACAAAACCACCAGAGGGUGACAAAGAGACAUCUGGAGCCCUAGUUUGAAGACUGGACUAAUAUGUAUGUACUGUACGUGUAUGCGUGUCCCAAGAUACACCCAUGCUAGACCUUCUCAUCGAGCCCUCGGAGCCCUGUCGUAUAUCCACCACCUGUCCUCGCUGCGCUCACAUAGACCAAGCUGUAGGACUUUGCUCUCACAUUGUAUUUUACCACUUUUCACCCUGGGCUCCUCUUCUGUCACUGACCCCCCCCCCCCCCCCCCCCCCCCCAGCCCAACACUGUCCAGCGUGGCCUUGUGGCUGCUUCUGCCCUGAGUGACGCUUUCAUAACCGUGAACAGAAACCCGGCGAGUGCAGCGCUCUGUUUCCUGUUUGGUGGUAAUAGUGGUCGUUUAUCCCACAAGAACACAGACAAUGUUGAAGAUCUAACGUUAUUGCAAAUGUACUUCAUAACACUAUGCCUCUGUUCCACAGAGAGCUCCUGGUCUUUGCCAAGUCUCUCACACACAUUAAAAACACCAUUGUACACAAAGUUAAUCUUUUUUUUUUUUUUUGUUGUAUAACAGUAGUCCAUUAUUCUCUGCCCUCGUCACCGUGCAUAUAUGAAGAUCUGGGAGGAUGUUCAGUGGAAGCAGUGCUCUUUCUGGCUUGUGCCUGCCCCAAAACAGGCUGUCUCUCACCUUACAAUCUCAUAGACAGAGUGCACCAGGAGUAGAUUUUUUCAAUGGAGGCGAGUGGCAAAAUUAAUGAAGGACAGGCAAGAAGUCAUACUGUGGAAGCAAAAAAAAAAGAGACAUAAGUAUUUGAAUUUUAAAAGCCACUGAAGACUUGAUAUUGAAAUUUAAUCACCAUUGAAUUCAUAAUAUUGAAAUGCUUUACUUUGGAAAAGCAUUUGUUUUUUUACCUUGUUGAAAUUAAAAUCUGAUGUGGUUUUUUUUUCAGUUUUAAAAGCUGAAUUGGAUUUUUUUUUCGGUGUUCACAAAUUCAGAUCCAAAAUUUUAAGUUUCAGAAUUUGAAAAAAAAAAGAAAAGAGGUUGCUCAAAUUUAAUUGGUCAUAUUCAGAUCUAAAAAUCCUAGUUAAAAAAAAAUUAAACAGACAAAUUAGAAUUAAAAAAAAAAUUGCUGUUUUUUUCCCGUGUUCACAAAUUCAGAUCCAAAAAUUUAAGUUUCAGAAAUUGAAAAAAAAAAAAAAAGCUCAAAUUUAAUUGGUCAUAUUCAGAUCUAAAAAUCCUAGUUGAAAAAAUUUAAAUAUCAAACAAAUGUGGCUCUCUGGCUUUAUACGUGCAAACAUCUCAGUGUGUGAUACAGAACAAGUUUAAAAAUUACUAAAUAAAUAUUUGUUCUCCCUUUAUCCCACAUAUUUUUUCUAUCUGUGUGUCUUGUUUCCACAUAACUGAUUACAUUAUACCAUCAACUGUCCUUUUCUCAUCAAUUCUUCAUGACAGAAUCAAGAAAAAAGGAGGUAGUAUUACGACAGAAGUUAUAUUAAUUAUCAUUCUGUUUGUCUGGAGAUGCUGUACUCAGUUCUGACACACAGAUGCACCCAACAGUAAAAGUUCUGCCAUGUUUCGGAGGUCAUGACACUGUUACAUCUUUGCAGCGCUCAGAAAAACAUUACACAGAAUCCAGUGUUGCUGUUCUGUUUUUUUCUUUCUCUUCCUGGUAUGACUUAACUCAAAGUGUCAUCUCGAAUAAGGUAUCGUGAAUAAACUGAGAUGAUGUAGACUUAUUUUUGUGUCUUUGGUGACGUGGUUGCUUACUAACUCAGUUGUGACAUCGGAGUGUAUUCAGCUUCUUUUUUUUUCUUCUCUAAAUUAAUUUGUUGCCAUAUUUUAGAUUCACUCUGUUCAGUUUCUCAUUACACGCCUGCUUUGUGUACCUCCCACCUCGGUGCAUUAUGAGCAAUGUGUGCAGGAGGCAUCAGAGCUGUAUUUGUACAUUUUUUUGUGUGUGUGUAUGCAACCAAACUUUAAAGACACAGAGGCGGACUGACUUGCAAGCUGAGUAAUCCUCCAAUGCCCUCGCUGAGUGUUCGCUCAUCACAUUAUUUAAUUUGAGGCCACUCCUGCCUCCUCUUUCCAUUUGGUGAUUUGUGUAUCAAAAUGUCACGAUGGCUCAACCGAGCCGUGAAGUUUAAGAAAGUUCCCAUAUGUUCUGAUGUGUGAUGUUUGUUUUUUCUUAUUAUCGCUCACCAAAUUUGGUUCGAGUCGACUUGUUCAAGCCUUGUAUGUAAAUAAUUCUAUAAAUGAGUUUAUGUAUGGGGGUUUUAGAUGUGGAAGAAGGCAAUGGUUUUGAGAAUCAAUGCACUGUAUAAUAUGGUGAAUGACAGAUAUGUAUACAUUUUACCCCGAAUGAAAGUCCAAAACUCGUAGGAAGUAUAAAAUUGUAAGAAUCUAUCGACAUGACAGACAGAAAAGCUCAUCUUUUUGUAUUGUUUUGACUUGUUUGGAUCUCUUAUGAGUUGCAAGAUCUUUUUUGGGCAUAUAUUUAAUCUUGAUUAAACUUAUGUUCAUCUCUAAAA